AUGUACUGUGCAGCAUUUAGUUCUGAACUUAUCAGUGGACUAAACUCUUAUCUGACACCAAAUUUUCUCAACAACAAUAAUUUAGCAAUGAAUCAGUUAGAGACUCAAGAGAAGGCAGGACCGUUGGGGCGGGCACGAGGCUGGCUUAUGUCCUUGCCUGGUAAGUCCAUGGCCAAGGUCAAGGCAGGUGCAAAGCGCAUAAAAAAGCUUGCACAAGAUGACCCAAGAAGAAUUACUCAUUCAAUGAAAGUGGGUUUGGCUCUAACAUUGGUGUCCUUAUUGUAUUAUGUCAGACCUCUCUAUGAUGGGUUUGGUAUAUCAGGAAUGUGGGCUGUGCUAACAGUGCUGGUAGUCUUUGAGUUCACAGUAGGAGGGACUCUAAGCAAAUGCAUAAACAGAGGAUUUGCAACACUAUUAGCUGGUGCACUUGGGGUUGGAGCAAAACACUUGGCAACUAUAUUUGGAAAGAAAGAAGAGCCAAUUAUACUUGGAUUCUUUGUCUUCAUAUUGGGUAUGCUUGAAUAUAUAUAUAUAUAUAUAGAUACAGCAUACAUAUUGGUUCUGGCAAGAUAUGAAUAUGGAGUGUUGAUAUUUAUAUUGACAUUCAGUUUGGUAUCUGUAUCGGGUUAUCGGACGGAUGAAAUCUUUGUGUUUACCCAACGAAGACUGUCAACAAUUUUAAUAGGUGGAGCAACCUGCAUAAUUGUAUGCAUCUGUGUGUAUGCUGUAUGGGCUGGUGAGAAACUUCACCAGUCAGCUGCUUCCAAUAUAGAGAAGCUCUCAAGAUACCUAGAAGGUAUUGGAGGUGAAUGUUUUCAUGGUGGGGAUGCUGAAGAAUCUAAAAAUCACAAAUCAUAUCGAGAAGGAUAUAAAAGUGUUCUUAAUUCAAAAUCCAUUGAAGAUGCAUUGGCAAAUUUUGCAGUAUGGGAAGCUGGACAUGGAAAAUUCAGGCUAAGGCAUCCAUGGAAACAAUACUUGAAGAUCGGAUCGCUCACAGGACAAUAUGCUUGUCACAUUGAAGCUCUCAGUGGCUUCAUCAACAACGACGCCAACGAAUCGCCAAAAUUUCAAACCGAAAUCCAAGAAUCAUUGCUAAAGAUGAGUACAGAAUCCGGGGAGGCACUGAAAGCACUAAGUUCGUCGAUCAAAACAAUGACAGAUCCUUCCCCUGCCAAUUCCCAUCUAGAGAACUCAAAAGCUGCCAUUAAGGACCUUAAACUUGCUCUCAAAGCUGCAAAUUUUGACAAUGCAGACAUCUUAGCAAUUGUACCUUGUGCAGCAAUUGCUUCAAUACUUAUGGAAAUCGUUGAUUGCGUAGAGAAGAUCACUGAUUCAGUCCACCAGCUUUCGCGCCAAGCACAUUUUAAGAGCGUAGAACGACCUUUAUCACCAGAGAAACCGCAGUUCCUUCAUCGUGGAAGCAUUAAGCCUGUCGCGGAGGACGUAGUUAUUACAGUAAAUGAGGCAUCUACUAACCAUUCAUCAGAAGAUAAUAAUACUCAAUUGCCAACAAAACCCAUCAACAAUGUUCGAAUCGGAACUAGAAGGAGAUCAAAAGUGGACGAUGAAGAAGAUUGA